AUGUCAAGAAACUCAAGGAAACUUUGGCCCCAUGCUAUUGCAGCGACAGCAGUUGUUGGAUUGGUAAUUGGAGGUGCUUGGGCGUUGAAAACGAUUAAUUCUGGGCUUUUCGAAGAACCUGCAAAGACAUCCGAAGCUAGCAAGAGCAAUGGUCAAUCUGUGUCACUGGUUCUCACGCAAAAGGAUCUUGAUUCUUUUAGUGCUGCUUAUCUGAAUGAAUAUCCAAACCUUACUGUCAUUCUUCAUCCUUCGGUUGAUAAAUCAGAGUUUUUAUCAAGGUUCAAUGUGCAAGGAAACUCACACAAAGUCAUCCAAGUUCGGUCAGAGGAGAGUAUUUUCCAUGUUCUAAAACAACUUAGCUCUAAAAUAAACCUUAUAACAAUGAACAACUUGGAAAUGUCUGCAAAUGAGGUCGAGGCAUUUCAUUUGGACAAGUUUCUGAUUAACGUUCAUGAGGUGGAUCAUAUAAAUGAUUAUAUAUAG